CUUUAUCUUUCUGUUACAGGCGACACCGCACAAUAUUUUCGGAUUAGGCCGAGCAACAGCUCCGUGCUGGAAGGUGGUGAAGUGAUAAUUCCUUGUGAAGUGGGCAAUCGUGUCGGUACCGUUCAAUGGGUCAAAGAUGGAUUUGCUUAUGUCAUACAGCCAAACGGUGAAAUCGUGGGCCAUCCCAGGCUGAAAUUGAUCGGCGAUCAGGACGCCGGUAUUUUCAACCUGAGAAUCAUCGACGCGUCUCUGACCGACGACGGCGAGUAUCAGUGUCAAGUUGGACAGUACGUGCGAGUCAAGCCAAUUCGCGCCAGCGCCCAUCUGAUCGUCACCUCGCCUCCUCGAAAGGUGGAGAUCAGCAAUCACCCGAAUAAACAAGUAAUCGAGGUGAAGGUGGGCGAAUCGCGGCGCCUAGAAUGCGUUGUCAGAUCGGCCAAACCGGCCGCUUCGAUCAUUUGGUAUCGCGGAAAUGUGCAGAUCAAGGGCGGCGACACCACAAUCGAAGCAGUCUCCAUCCAGGGUGACAAGGAGACAGUCAAGCCCGGGGAGACGUCCAAGGAAUUGCUCAAGUACGACACUCACGGUUCCAUUACCAUCAUGCCUACGGCGGACGAUAAUGGGAUGGAUUACACCUGCGAGGCAAACCACCCGGCGAUACCCAUAGACAGGCCUAUGCGGGCCACCAUCAAGCUUUCCGUUUUCUAUCCACCUGGUGCACCGUACAUAGAGGGCUACACCGACGGCGAGACCGUGCAGCGCGGUCAAAAUGUAGAGCUCGCCUGUCGAUCACGCGGCGGAAAUCCGCAGGCGGAAAUUGUCUGGUACAGGAACGACGUGAAGAUCACGGCGGCCCAUCGCAGGGUCCCCGGCCUCAGCGAGAACGUGCUCUCGUUUACGGCCCGAGCGGAGGACGACCAGGCCCGCUAUAGAUGCGAGGUCUUCAACAUCAUGAGUGUGCAGCCCAUGAAAACGCACGUCGAUCUCACCGUGCUUUUUGCGCCUGCCGGAGUAACCAUCAGCGGUCCGACCGAGGCGAAGGCGGACGACCAGGUGCUCAUUACUUGUACGACGGAGAACUCGAAUCCGCCCGCGGACAUAAAGUGGACGGUGGACGGGCAUAAUUUCGAGAGCAACGCCUCGAAGACGGAAGUGGCGCCGAACGGUGGCUGGAUCACCAGCUCGAACGUGACGUUCAGCAUUAAUCGCAAGAGCCGCAGCAUCGUCGUCAUCUGCCACGCUUCUAACGCCAAGCUCACGGAGAAUGUGGUCGGCACGCACACCAUCAACGUGAUAUAUCCACCUUCAAAACUAACCGUCACCGGAUACGAAGAAGGCACGACGAUAGUCGCCGGAACGGUGCUGAAGCUCAUGUGCACUGCCACGUCGGGUAAUCCAUUGGCCACGUUAACAUGGUACAAAAACGAUCGCAAGGUACCUGGCACAGUGAGGCAACGGCCUCACGCUGUCUCGAGCGAGCUGGCGAUACUUGUCAACGCGUCCGACAACAAUGCUCACGUGCGAUGCGAGGCGACAAAUUCCGCCACCGAGAUCCCGCUGCUCAAAGUUCUCGUGCUAAAAGUCUAUUUCCCGCCCGAGAGGGUGAAGAUUAACCGCGAACCUCAGGAUUUUCACGCCGGCCAGGAGGGACGUCUAAUCUGCGAAUCGAGCAGCAGCAAUCCCGCCGCUGAGAUGUCGUGGUGGAAGAAUGGGAUACCAGUGCCCGGCACUAGGAACAGCACCAAGCCCGGAUUACACGGCGGCUACCUCUCGUCCGUCGAGCUCGUGCUGGACUUAACCGAGGACAUGAACGGCGAAGUGUAUACCUGCGAGGCCAAGAACGCCGAAUUGGGGAGAUCCAGCCACGACGCCACGACACUGGAUGUGCUGUACAAGCCGAUAUUCUCGCCGUUGGACCCUUAUGAACUAACCGGCCUGGAAGGAGAGCCCUUUGUAAUUUCCAUAUCGGCGAGGGGCAAUCCCAACACGACGGAAUACACGUGGACGAGAGAUGGUCUGCCAUUAGGUAGCAGCGGCAAGAGAAUAAGCGCGCACGGUUCCACGCUAAAUAUCACGAGAUUGGAUCGUCAUGAUGCCGGCACAUAUAUAUGCGAGGCCCUGAAUAAGGAGGGGACCACCUUUUAUCAGUUAAAUCUGACUGUGCAGUAUCCGGCUAAAAUCAAGCGAACGUCUUCGUCAGGAAUAGUCUAUCCCCCAGAUAUGGAAGCGAAACUGUUCUGUGAGGUUGACGGCAGUCCGAUCGGCGAUGAGUACGUUACAUGGCAGAAAGUAGGAUCGAAUCCUGAAUUGCCGGGACGUUACUCGACAUCCUUCGUUAACCGGACGUCAUACCUUCAUAUAGAAUAUCCCAGCAAGGAAGAUGUGGGCGAGUAUCGAUGCAAGGUUAACAACGGCAUCGGCAACGUAACAUCGGAUCCUAUUCUAUUUAUUACAAACUUUAAACCGGAAAUGACGAACACCCCGCUGACGCGAAAGGCAGCGGCGAACAAAGGAAUAAACGUCCAAUUGUUCUGCAAAGCUCGAGGAUCUCCAUUGCCGCGUUUCAUUUGGAUCUUCAAUGGGAAAACUUUAUUGCCGAAUGCAACUGAGGAUAAAUACAGUAUCACUCACAGCGAUCUGUCCGAGCUGUAUUCGGAAACGACGUUGACUAUCUACCGCGUGAGGUCGCAGGACUACGGAAAAUACAAAUGUCGUGCACUAAACAAAAUGGGAGAGUCUACUGACGACAUACUUUUGGACGUCACGUCUCCGCCGGACAAGCCAAGCGAUCUGAAGGUUUAUAACCACACGCAUGACUCGGUCACGUUGAUUUGGAAGCGCGGUUUCGACGGUGGCUUGUCGACAUCCCAUCAGAUACGGUGGCGACAGGCGCAGGAUUACGAGGGUCGCUAUCACUACCUGGACGUCCCGCCUGGCGAGUAUAAGGCCACUAUAUCCGGCCUGUCGCUGGGGACUUAUUACGUAUUUAGUGUAAAGGCUAUCAACGAGAAAGGAGACAGCGGCUUCUUGCCGGACAUCACCAAAAUCCAGACGCUUCGCGAGGCGCCACCAACCGAGUUGACAUCAAGCGAGAAUAGUUCCUCCUACAUCAUCAUCAUUAUCAUCACUGUUUCCGCCUCUGCUUGCCUACUCAUUGCCGCGACCAUAGUCUUUGCUACAAUAAAGUCGAAAAAGAAGGCCCAGCGUGCUGGUAAAUAUAAUAUUUAUCACGUGUCCUUUCUCUCCUUUAUUUCCCUAGGCCCGAAUAAAGAGGAAAACCUGCCGGACGUCCUCUCGGAAAAGGGCGACUUUCCGAUGAAUUAUAUCUAUACGUUAGCAGCGACUUCCGUCAUCAUUUUUAUCGUUAAUGUCUUCAUCAUGUUGUGGUACAUAAUACGAAAACGAAAUAAAGCUCGUAUUAAUAAGUCGCAGACCGCGGAUAUGUAUGCACCGUCCACCGUCAACGGCGACACCAUGACCGGCGAAUUAAGUUCGAUGUCGGACGAGAAGAGCGACGUCAACUUCGACGCUAAUGAUUACGUGAGUUUGGCUAAAGGCAAUUACCCUCAGGACGAGGGGCGUAAAACCGCAGCUAGCACAUAUUUAAUAGAUCAAACUAUGCAGGACUUCGGGAAAGGCGGUUUAGAAAUGCAGGUUCAUCAGGGCACUCUCGGUCGUCGUAGCAAUCACAUGCAAACAUCUAUGAACAUGGACUCACCGCCGCAGCGAACUACCGCCAGCGGAACUCUUUCCGGCACAUUGUCGAAGUCGAGUUACAUCGGCAAUCCGAGCCCGGCGCCGCCCAACGACGUGAGUUUCUACAGCGUGGAGAUGGACAACGGUGGCCGGGGUUAUAUAAGCUACGACAGCAACCCGAGUCCGGCGCCGCCUGCUAUCGGCGACCCGAUCGGCGGACCCUACUACCCUUCGUCCAUGGGCUCGACAGGUCACAUAAUAGGCGGGCACAUGACGGGGGCUGGUACCGGUACCCUGACACGUACUAGAACGCUGCCGCGUCCGGUACCACCACCCGAUGUCACCGUGAUGACUGCGGGCACCAAGUCGCCGAUACCGCCGUCGGUGCCGCCGCCACCCGCCACGUUUGCCCGUGCCGGUGCCAAUAACGGUGGGCCCCAUCCGCAUCCGCAUUCACAUCCAGCACCGCCGCCGCCGUCCUGCCAGAGUCACCCGCUGUCGACGUUCGCAGCGACGCCGACCUAUUCCGACAUCGAUGGUCAUCUUGUCUGAGGCUCGCCGAUCUUCGGGCCCGGCUCGACGCGCGGCAAAUACCGCGCCGUCGCUCAGAACGACGACGAGGACCGCCGAUCGGCUACGGUCACGGAGAGGAGCACGCGUCUCUGAACGACGCGAUUGUGACGAUGGACUCUGUUCUGAAUCGUCCACGUCGUUCGCAUCGUCAUCGAUCAUUAUCUCUCUGAACGACGACGAGGAAGAGGACGUGCGCGACGAUGGCUCACGAACGAUAGCGGUCGCGGCUGAAGGCCCUGACAUUCGUCAUUAUGCGCCUGAACAAUCUCCGAGGAUUCUGUUUGGUGCGCGAGAAAGUACGACGAAGUGUGUAAAUAGAAAAAGACAAAGGUAAAAGGAAAGAAAGAGACGCGGGACAUGAGAGUGGUGCACCAAGUUCACGCUGUAAACAGCCUUUCCCUUCCACGCGGCUACUUCCUAGACGACAGGAGAUACGAUUCUCCUACGCGAUUGAAUUCUAAUCUUAGGGAUAUAUGUACGUAUGAUCGAAUGCUCGACGAAGAGCGACACCCUGGAGAAGGAGAGAAAAAGAGAAUGACCGCGCCGAUACGCGCGAACGUUCUCCAAAAGCUCGAGGAUGAUUCUAUCUCCUCCGAUGUUUCUUUUCCGCAAAUUCUGCCUUUUCUCCCCAUCUUUAUCGUUUUCCCUGCUCUAACUCUUCGUCUUUGUCUGCUCGCCUUAGCGUUAUUUAGCAUAUCCGCUAAACAGCGACGUAAUCACGACGCAUCGAACGAUCGAAGCUUCAAAUCGAUACUCCAAUUGUCGAGGAAAGUAUAUUUUAUGUAAAUUAUUACAUGUGUAAUCCCAGAGAUAGACGAAAAAUCCCGCAAUAUUUUCGUUUUUCGAUUACUUCACGCACGUCGGCACGUACGCUCUUCGUCAUAGCGAUUAUGUUUAGAUAUCACUAUGCUGGUAUCAACAAGUGUCGGGAUAUUCGCAACAAACCCUUGAAAUAUCAAACAGAGAUCUUCUUCACUCUGACUGUGACUGACGCCGAAAUACAAAACUCAAAUUUCUAAAUGUCAUCAUAAACCUGGCGAUCAAUGGUAAUAUUACUAUUAAUACAAAUAUUACGGAAUAUCUUUUUCAGUUCCGUAGCAACUGUCACAAAACAAAUUUCUAUUUUUAUUUCAAAAUUAAUUAACAAGCAAAUUAAUUUUUACAUGUUCUUUCAUUGUACAAAUCUAUCCUCUGUCUUUCAAUUUGACGUUGUUCUAGCUACAAGAUACAAGAUCUUGUUAGUACCUAAUUUUUUAUAAUCAUGAUUAUAGCACGCAAUCAAUAACAUUGCUUUUUAAAAUACUGAUAUUAAUUAAAUUAAUGAUCGCACAAUAUUGCCCCUUUACAGCUCGUAACUAUGCAAAAGUGGGCAUAUCUGUCAUGACCGUCCAUUGUUUACUUUCACAUUGAUAAGUCGGUUCAUUCCGACAAUUCAAGGCUGAGGGAGGCGAGACAAUCGUUAUUACAAAAAA